AUGCAACGUGUCACAAGGUCGAAUCAGUCAAGUGGUUCUAUUAACGAUGAGCUUCGUGGCUAUUUUGAAUCGGAAUCCUUUAUGGAUAUUAUGAGGAGAGUGGUUUCGAACAUGGUUGCGGAAGAAUCUUUUCAACUUGCUCUCAAAAAAAGUGUAGAUGCAGCAGUGGCGAGCACCGUUGAGCCUUUUAACAAGAAACUAGCUGAAUUUGAACAAUACGUGCCACGAGUAACCGAUUUAGAAAAGAAGAUUAACGACCUUGAAUCUCGUCUGUCGGCAGCGCAAGAGGAAGCUAAACUUGCUAUAAAUAGAGCUAAUGAUAACGAGCAAUACUCUAGAAAAUAUAAUUAG